UAUCACGCACACGCACAGUUGAGCUUGCACCCUCGUACCUCAUCUCCGUCUCCAAUCUCCAUGGCCAUGGCAGCCUCUCCUCGUCGCAUCCUCCGCGCCGCCCUCCUCGUCCUCCUCGCGUCGUCCCUUAUCUGGGGUUCUUGCGAGGCAGAGGCGGCGGGAGAUGGCCGGCGGCGGCUCGCCAUGCUGCCGCCGAGGGGGUGGAACUCGUACGACUCCUUCUCCUGGACCAUCGACGAGGCCGCCUUCCUCCACAACGCGCAGAUCAUGGCCGACAAGCUGCUCCCGCACGGAUACCAGUACGCGGUGAUCGACUUCCUGUGGUACCGGAAGAACGCCAACGGCUCGGGAGAGGACUCGUACGGCUUCGACAGCAUCGACCAGUGGGGCCGCCCGUUCCCCGACCCCGAGAGGUUCCCGUCGUCCGCCGGCGGCGAGGGGUUUAAGCACGUCGCCGAUAAGGUCCACGCCAUGGGCCUCAAGUUCGGCAUCCACCUCAUGAACGGCAUCAGCACCCAGGCCGUCAACGCCAGCACCCCCAUCCUCGACGUCGACACGGGAAAAGCUUACGUGGAGGAUGGCCGGCGAUGGACGGCACGCGACAUAGGCCUCACCCACAGGACGUGCGCGUGGAUGUCGAAUGGAUUCAUGAGCGUGAACACCGACGCGGGAGCCGGACGAGCGUUCCUCAGGUCUCUUUAUCGGCAGUACGCCGAUUGGGGUGUCGAUUUCGUGAAGUUAGAUUGCAUCUUCGGCACAGACUACAGCCCGAAGGAGAUCAUGGCAGUCUCAGAGACCCUGAAAGAGCUUGAGCGGCCGGUCAUCCUGUCCAUCUCGCCCGGAACCGAAGUCACUCCGGCGUUGGCCGAGAACAUCACCCAACACGUUGAUAUGUACAGGAUAACAGGGGAUGACUGGGACAGCUGGAAAGAUGUUCGCCCGCAUUUCGAUGUUGCCAGAUCAUUUGCCGAUGCGAAUAAGAUCGGCGCCACUGGAUUGCAAGGAAGGUCUUGGCCUGACUUGGACAUGCUUCCGUUUGGCUGGCUUACUGAUGCAGGUGUUAACCAGGGCCCUCACAGAAGCACUAACCUUACAUUUGACGAACAAUUAACACAGAUGCUACUUUGGUCGAUGGCCAAAUCCCCCCUCAUGUUUGGAGGUGACCUGAGGCAUCUCAACGAUGAUACAUUGGAUCUAAUCACCCACCCUACUCUACUGAAGAUUAAUCACCACACUAAAAACAACAUGGAGUUUGGUUAUAUUCACAGUGAAAGGACAUCAGAACCCGAUGAACAGUCUGGUCGCUCGGACCUGACAAACAAUGGUGGAACUGUUCUUGGUCUCAGUACCUGCAACGAUAAGAGUGCCGGUGGAUGGCAUAGUUCCUCAAAAGAUCACAUUUGCAGAAGCUAUGGAAUCCAGAAUGACAAUGCCUCAUUUUGCAUGUCCAAAGCAAAACUUCUUCCAACAUCGGAUGGAGUUACCGUGAGCAGUGAGGAAGACCAAGCGAAGUUUCAUCUGGUGGGUGUUGACAGCAAUGAUGGUUGCUUGGAUGCAUCUGUCAGUCCCAUGUUCUCGACCUGCGAACAGCAUUCAAAGCAGGUCUGGGAGCUAACGGAGAAUGGACAACUGAAAAGCAGCUACUCAGGAUUGUGUGCUACAAUGAAGUCCAGCAAGGAAGGAGAGAGUGAAACUACUGGAGCACGAGCAUGGACAGCAACUGGAGACAAAGGAGAGAUCUACCUGGCCUUCUUCAACCUUGACACUGCAAGCAGGAAGAUUGCUGUAAGGGUGCCGGAUCUAGAGAAGGCUGCAGGGAGAAAGUUGGCAAGGAAACACUUGUGCACCUGCACUGAAGUCUGGAGUGGAAAGAGCCGGAGUCUCAUGAAGGGGGACAUCUCAGAGGUGGUGAGCUCACAUGGCUCCAUAUUGUUUGAAAUCCAGUGUUGAGGUCUCCCUAAUGUUCGCCAGUUCAUCUUGGAACCUGGAAGCAUAGGACGAUUGGGUGUAAAUUCUUUAGUUGUUGUCAAUCCUUUCUAGAACAUACUCCUAAUAAAGUAAGCAUUUUUAAUCGAUA